UUGAAAAGACGCAAAUGGGAAUGGGAAUUGGAAUUUAAACAUCGCAUUCAACGGCAUCAUUCCACCAUUUUUGAUUUCUGGUUUUGAUUUCGAUAACAGAAAAAAAUAUCUUCAAUCUCCUCCACCCACUACCACUGUAAACCACCACAACCACUAUUCCCGCUUGCAAAAAAUGACGCACCAUUUGCUCUUCCCAACUCCCUAAAUCCAAAUCCAACAAUGCCCAUCAUCCACGAUAAUCAGAAUCACCCCCUUAUGUUUCCCUUUCUCUUUGUUUCCCUCCUCUCUUUUUCUCUCCUCUUGUUUUCUCUCUACGCCAGAAGACGGCGGCGGCAGCGCCAGCUCUGCCUCCAUCAUUCACCACCACUGCUCACCGACAUUGUCCGUACUAUCAAUACUAAUGAUCGCAUUCACAGUACCACCAUUCAAAACCUAAAAUCGAACGUUUCGAACCCUAAUAAUUCCUUGCUGCUUGAGAUCUUGCCGGCACUAUACGAGGAUAAUCAGGCGCCGGAGAAGAGUGAGUCUACGGUGGCCGGCGACGAGGAGUGUGGAAAGAAGAAGAAGAAGAAAAGAGGGAAGAAGAAACGAUCUGAUGCCGAUGAUUCGUCGAAAAGUCAAGUUGUAAUAAAGGAAGGAUUGAUUGAGGGGAUUGGAAAAGAGAAGGAGAAUCAAGAUUUAGUGUGUUUAUACCCUUUUACUUCGUCUUCUAGUGCGACACAGAGAAAGAUUAAGCAACAAUAUGAUCAGCUUGUGAAGUCUCAUGAAACCGAUGGAUUGACUCUUCUUCAGGUUGGACAAUUUGCAAACUGCUUGAUUGAAGCAAGAGAUGAACUGAAGCACAAGUCUGAGGUUAUACAUCGAAAAUUUACCAUUACAAAGGCCCUACUAUUUAAAGCAGACAGAUCUUCAUUUGACAGACUGCGUCAACAGAUAUACAAGCUAGAGUUAGAACAAAAGAGGCUAGAAGAAGAUGCAUUUGUAUAUAAUUGGCUCCAACAACAACUUAAACUCUCACCAGCUUAUAAAAAGAUGCUUGAAAUUGGUGUUUACAUGGAGAUGAAGGCUAAAUCUGUGGAAACAACAGAGGAUACGGACUCUGAUAUAUCUGAUAUUUCUUUUGAGGAGUUAUUAGCUCAGGAGAAAAAAGAUUCGUUUUGGCAAAAGAAGGGGAAAACGAGAUCAGGGUUGAGUUGAUGAAGCCCAAGGCAUGCACGUGUGCAAGAUUUUUAUUGCUUAAUGUGCUUAAUUAUAUGGGUUCUUUUGUAGAUUAGAGUCUCUCAUCAUGGCAAAUGUAAAACUCCAACUCAAUAGCUUUUUUUGUUUUCUUCUUGGUGGUUUAACAUGCCA